CUCCAUCCCGCCCAGGCUGCGAGCGCAGCGAGGUGCAGAGGGAUCCGAGCUGCCCAGCUGGCAGGUUCGGCGCGAGGGGAAGGGGCGUGCUGAGGGGACCAGAGGCCGGACGCCAGCCGGGGCCGGAGCAGGAGCGCGGCGCUGAGCCCGGGGAAGCUGCGCCGGCGACGCGGGGUCUGGCGCGCCAUGGCGCACACAGGGACGCGCUUUUCUGCUUUGCAGCCAGCCCGGUUGGUGGCCGGAGAUGCCAAGAUGUUUGCGCUGCACGGCUGCACAGUUUUGAGAGGGAGAUGACUUAAGUGGCCAGCUCUUAUCUCUACAACAAUGUCCAUGAACAAUUCCAAACAGUCAGAGUCUCCUGCAGCUGGGCUCCUUUCAAAUACAACCUGCCAGACACCAGAAAACAGGCUUUCCGUCUACUUUUCAAUAAUCUUCAUGACUGUGGGAAUCUUGUCAAACAGCCUUGCCAUUGCCAUCCUCAUGAAGGCGUAUCAGAGAUUCAGACAGAAGUCCAAGGCGUCCUUCCUGCUGCUGGCCAGUGGCCUGGUCAUCACAGACUUCUUUGGCCAUCUCAUUAAUGGAGCCAUAGCCGUGUUUGUGUACGCGUCCGAUAAGGACUGGAUCCGCUUCGACCAGUCCAACGUCCUUUGCAGCGUUUUUGGUAUCUGCAUGGUGUUCUCUGGCCUGUGCCCACUGUUACUGGGCAGUGCAAUGGCCAUCGAGCGGUGCAUUGGAGUCACCAAACCAAUAUUUCAUUCUACCAAAAUUACAUCCAAACAUGUGAAAAUGAUGUUGAGUGGAGUGUGCUUGUUUGCAGUUUUUAUAGCUUUGCUGCCCAUCCUUGGACAUCGAGACUAUAAAAUUCAGGCAUCAAGGACCUGGUGCUUCUAUAACACAGAGCACAUCAAAGACUGGGAAGAUAGAUUUUAUCUUCUGCUUUUUUCCUUUCUGGGGCUCUUAGCCCUUGGUGUGUCACUAUUAUGCAAUGCCAUCACAGGAAUUACACUUUUAAGAGUUAAAUUUAAAAGUCAGCAGCACAGACAAGGCAGGUCUCAUCACUUUGAAAUGGUCAUCCAGCUCCUGGCUAUCAUGUGCGUCUCCUGUGUUUGCUGGAGUCCGUUUCUGGUGACAAUGGCCAAUAUUGGAAUAAAUGGAAAUAAUUACCCGAAAACUUGUGAAACAACUCUGUUUGCACUCCGGAUGGCGACAUGGAAUCAGAUCUUAGACCCCUGGGUGUAUAUUCUUCUACGGAAGGCUGUACUUCAGAAUCUCUACAAGCUUGCCAGGCGCUGCUGUGGUGUGCAGGUCAUCAGCUUACAGAUCUGGGAGCUAAGCUCCAUUAAAAAUUCCUUAAAGGUUGCAGCUAUUUCUGAGUCACCAGUUUCAGAGAAAAUAAAUCAGCAAGCACUUAGUUAAAUAGGGCGGUAAGUCAGUGUAGGGUUAGAGCGCAACUGAGAAAUGGUUGACAAUGUUUCAGUUAACUAGAUGAAAACCUAGAGCCUAACUGGAAAAUUCAGACCUCAGCAUGUAGUUUGGGGGUAUUUUGGUCAGAUUCAGCUCCUGAAAUUUGCUCAAUGAUCAUUAUAAUUGUAUAUGUUCACUUGCUUUGUCAACUGGAGGUAGACCUAGUGAAAUAAUGUCAUGGGUGUCAAAUAGGAAAGCAUUUUUCAGCUUAUCUGUGUUAUUCAUGCUUUGGGUGAAUCUGUUGAGGCCUAAUGUAUUUAUUUGUACAGGGAAACAGCUCUGUAGGGGUCACUGCUGUGUAGCUCUUCCUUAUAGAUUAGGCUCAAUGAAUGGUGCCUCCUCGGUGUUGGAUCUGGUCUGUUUUUAUCCCUCACUAUUAGCCUCAGUCAAUACAUAACUGCUUGGUCAUGACACCCGGGAUUCACUGCAGCGUCAUUCUGCCAAUCUCUGCAGGUGCAGGUCUGGCUGACAGGUUGCCUGAUCUUGCGAACCUGUUUAGAACAGGCCCGUGCUUGUCAUAGUUGACAAAUAUGACAGCUUGCAUUUAUUAUUAUGAAAGUCAAUUGUGGUUUGAAGGGUUUUUUUGGGUAAGUUAUAGAUUUUCGGUUUUCAAAUAAUUCCUUCUUCCUCUCAAAAUGUUAAUGCCCUAGUACCCAGUAAAGGUUAAGAGAAACCACAGAUCUAUGUCAGCACUUAGGCAACUUGCCUUGUGGCAGGUUCUGAGAAGCAAUCCCUCCCGUGGGUAAAGCAAAAACACAGAACCCAAACCCCAGGGAGGGGCAGGAGGAACACUCGCGGAGGUGCUUUACCCAGAGUCAUCAUUUGGGUCGGAGAACACAGAUUUGUGCCAAAGAAACACGGUCAAUAUAUAAAUUUGAAGACUAUCUAAAGAUAGUGUUUCUGCUUUAUACACACACACACACAUGGAUAUCAGAAAAUUCUGUUGCAAGUACAUUCAAUAAAUCUAUAAAAUUGCAUCUUCUGAAUCCUUUGCUACCAGAAUCAAGGGGGUAAAGAUUAGCAAUGAGCCAAGCAUUUGGAGAUCAUUUAGAAUACGUGCUGCUUAAAUGAGCCCUCGGGGAUUACUUAAAUGCUUAGUAAUCUCUCCCCAAAUUUCCCUAUGAUAUUUCAGACUUUUUCUUUGUAUAAUUCAACCCAAAGGAUAUUAGUAUUCAUUUAAAAUUUUCUAGAUCCAUCACAGAAUAAGGUAGGCAGCUCUGCUUUACAGUAGGAAAAUACAUUUCUGUGUAAGAGUUCUUUGCUUUUAUUAACUUGGAUUCAUUUUAAAAUUUAUCUUCCCUGUUAGGCUGAUUUCAGAUUCUCUAGGAAAUAUGUGCAAUUCAAAUAGACUUAAAUUAUCAAGUUCGCAAACUUCUGCUUUUGAUUGUUUAUUUACAUUGGAAGUUGUUAUUAACUUCUGUGAAUUUUGAUACAUUCUAUCAAGUAAGUGAAAAGAAAUGAAGAAAAUACCCUCGUUGAAUAUUUAAAAGGAGUCAGGUUUUUUUUGUUGAGUUUAAAGAAGAGAAAUACAUAGACACUGGCGCAUGAUAUUCUUAAUUUAAGAUCAGUAAAUGAUUAGUCACACAAAUUUAGGUUAUUAUAUAUAGAACACAUCUGAAUAGCAGACAACUGACAAAUACUUGCCAGAUUAAACUAUAGGUAAUAGUUUCUUUGUAUCAAGUGAACAUGAAAUUGCAAAGUUUUGAGCAUUUUAAUUUAAAGCGACCUUGAUUGGUUAUUGUAGUAUAAAUGUGUGUGUGUAUGUUUGUAUAUAAGCAUGUAUGUGUGUGUAUAUUUAUCUCCAAUGAAUAUACUUAAAAAAGGGUUGCAGUUGACAACUGCUGUUGCAUUACAUAAAUUUUCUCUUGUGUCUCAAGAGCACUUCAAGCUUAGAACUUUCAGGUAGGUGAUUUGCUUUCCGAGCAGGUAUUUAUUUUGUACAGCUACUUGGUAGUGUUGGUGUCCUGGGUACUAAGGCAGGAGGAACCAAAUCUCCGCAAUUCCUCAUCGUGCUGGAGAGGAUGGUGCAGAGAGCGUGUCCGUGGAUUUUGACUGGGGAGACGCACGGAGGAGAAACUUAUCCUCCGACAGCCCCAAGCCUCUUCUCCUGGAGACUCCUAAAUGCAUGGCAGAAUUCUUGUCCUAUUGCCGGGAUGUCGCCCUGGCUGUGCUGUUGUGACGUGAUCAUGUGUGAGAAUAUGAGAGCAUGCAAAGCUUUGGGGAGGGAGAGAGGAGUUACUCUGGGCCUUUCCUAGAAGGGCCGUCUACGUUAUCCGAGCAUAGGUUUGGGACAAAUUGGUCUUAAAAUGAUGUUAAACCCAAGAAAGUGACAUUCAAGGUUGAAGAAAAAAAUCAGUGAAAGAAUAUGUGUUUGCAUUAUUUUAGCCUUCUCUUCCAAGGAAAACCAAGUUAGAGAAAGUGAACUCAACCAUGUGCAUACCUGACUUCAGAAUUUUAUUUCUGUUAUUAUACACGGUGCAUGUAGUUUGGUAACUUACUGUAUAACGAAUAACAGAGUGAAGCGUCUAUCGAUAACUUUCACAUAAACGUUCAAUGUGAAGUAAUAUUUGUUCAGAUUUCUGGAAAUAGUACAUACAGUUUCAACAAGUUUGCCAAUGUGAGUGUUUUAAGCUCUGUUUGAAAACUCUUAAUUAAACCUCCAGAGUAACUGGAUUAGUCUUCAAAUUGGGUAAAGUUGUAUGGAAGCAACUUCACAUACUAUUUGAGUAUGUGAUUUCUGGGGAAUUACAUUAUACUGGGGAAAUGAAUUAAACAGUGCCCUGCUUUUUCCAGGUGUUUGUGAGUUUUUAAAAAUUGAGACGAAACCCCCCUACACAUGGGUUUUUAUGAUUAUCAAUACAGAGACAAGUAAUUCUAACUCGUAAUUAGUUGUGAGUACAUCCAAAAACAUCAGAUCUUUUACCAAUGGAUUUAACUAAGUGAUAAAAAUAUGCCCUUACAUUAUUUUUUUCUAGAAAAGUUGCUUCUAAUUAUCAACAUAUCUAAAGAGGAAAAUAUCUAAAAGUUAAUAAAGGCACAUACAGACAGAGUUAUUACGUAUUGGGUGGUCUUGUUUGCUCACUUCAUACAUAAAAAGAAAAACCUGUGGUCGUUUUGUGCCUAAUUUGAGUUAGAACCCAGAUAAGAGCACUUGUUAAAUAGUGAAUUUGUUCUGUGAAAACUGUUAUUAGCUUCACCUGUAUACCAUCAUUGCUCUGAAUCAAUGAAAUGUUUAGAGUCAGAAUAUAAAGGUUGGGAAUAUACAAUUUAUUAUGUCUUCAUCUAGGUGUCAAAGAUCUCACCACCUGGUAAAUAAUGUUGUACUUCAACUUGUUACCGAAACAUUGUAAUAGUAGAUAAAAUGUGUUUUUGUCUUGUGAAUAAAUGUGUUUUCUGCUCUUUGUACUUGUUGGAUUGUAUAAGAUAUUCAAUGAUAUAUGUAUAUUUUGUUGCUUGUGUUGGUAUGCAACUCAUACAGUUUUAGUGCUUUAACUAGCUUAAAACU